AUGGUCGAUCUAAAGCAAAACAAAGCCUAUCGGAUUGUCUCCCAUGCAGCUGCCAACAAAUAUGCGGUCCCGGCUACCUGCUGCUACAAUCUGGAGGGAAUCAUCGCCUCGGUUCGCGCCGCCGAAGCGAAGAAGUCUCCCGUCAUAAUCCAGCUCUUUCCCUGGGCUAUCGAGUAUGCAGACGGCUUGCUCCUCCAUGCUGCAGCUGAGGCAGCUGCUAAAGCCAGCGUCCCUGUCGCCGUGCACAUGGACCACGCCCAAUCACCCGAGAUCAUUAAGCGAGCUGCCGACCUAGGCGGCUUUGAUGGUAUCAUGGUCGACAUGUCCCACUACGAGCGGGAGGAGAACCUGGCCAAAACCAAGGAACUCGUCGCCUACUGCGCUGAACGAGGAAUCAUCACCGAAGCCGAGCCGGGGCGCAUCGAGGGGGGAGAGGACGGAGUGGCUGAUACCUCCGGAUUACAGGGAGUGUUGACGACUCCCGAUGAGGCGGAGGAAUUUGUGGCGACGGGCAUCCAAUGGCUUGCGCCCUCGUUUGGCAAUGUGCACGGAAAGUAUGGGCCGAAGGGCCCACAGCUCGACUUUGAGCGGUUGAGGGGGGUUGUUGGCCAGGUUUCUGAUAGAGUUGACUUCGUAUUACAUGGCGCAGGCACCGAAUGGUUCAAUGAGACAUUGUUCCACCAGGUCAUUGAUGCGGGAAUUGCUAAGUGCAACAUCAACGACGCUUUCAAUUCGUCCUUUUUGAAGGUUAUGGGUGAAAAGGCGGCCAAUACUCCGUUAACUACAUUGCUAGAAUUAGUUACGGAUGAGAUGCAGAAGGAUAUCGAGAGGCAUAUGGAUUGGAUGAAAUCUACUGGGAAGGCAUGGUAG